AUUUGUGUUCAGUUCAUUCAAUUGAUGACAACUGCCUAGUUGAUAAUUUACGAAUUAUGUCGUACAUAGGAGCAAACACUUCAGACGCUGAAUGUGAAAGGACGGAUCCACCAAAAACCCGUCAUUCGGAAUUUAUUUCAAAAUUAGCGGCAAACAAGUUAUCCUUGGAAUCAAAAUGGACAAAUAAAAAGGAUGAUGAAUCAGGAUCAGAAUUAUCCUACUCAGAAAAUUUUUUGGCGAGAGGUGCGUUCUUGCUAACGCCAUUACAUGAAUUGUCAAUGGAACGAGCUGCAGUCAUAUGCGAGAAAAUGAAUUUCAAAGGUUGUUUCAGUCUAACGAAAACUGCUACGGGAAUUCUUUUCAAGUUUUCACACCCAGAUGAUUAUCAAGCCGUUUACAAAAAAGGAUUCCACAAAAUAACAGGAGCGAGAUUUUAUCGGAAGAUUGCGAUUCCUUGUCGACCUAAAAAAACAUUCACCCUCUUCGUUCUGGAUGUGCCGGAAGAUUUACCCGUGGAAGACAUUAGACAUGCAUUAUAUAAGUUCGAUUCUGUAGUUGAAGUAGUUCGCCUUCAUUAUCAAAAUCAACCCAUAAUAUCAAAUGAAAAAAAUCAAGAAGGGACCCUUAUCGCUAGAAAUGAAGUUGCUGAGAAAACGGAUCGCCGGGAAUCAACAACAUCAGUAAUUCGCAUAACACUGGCAUCAAUGGAUGAAUAUAAUAUAUUAUUGCAAAAUGGACUAAACUUUUACGAUGCGACAUUUUUCCCAACAGAAGCAAAUCUUCAAAUGAAGGAUGCAAAAAUUGAUUAUAAAAGACGAAUUUUCGAUGCAAAUAAGAGUAGCCGAGUUCGAGAAUUACUUCCUGUUUUUGAUGCAACUGGAUUUUGUAAAUUGCCACCACCAUCCAGUAAACUUAUUAAGCCAUCACGAAUCAUCAAAUAAUGUCUACCAAUAAAAAUAUUGCACAAAUAAAGGAUUUCCUAUAUGGAUUUCGCACAUUAUUUUAAUACUUAAAACCCCUAUUGAUUCUAUAUAUUUUCUCUAAUCAAUUAAUACAUUUUGAAAAAUAUAUGCAAAAUUAAUAAAGUGUAAAGUUUUAAAGCAUACUUACUGCCAACAUAGCUGAAAAAAGUUUAAGUACUGUGAUAUGUAUAAAAGUUUUGCCGCACCGGAAAUAAACCAUUGAAAUAAUUUGUUUAAAUCAUGCAUUCAAAGAUUAAAAUUAAGUAUUUUAAUAUUUUUGCAACCAUAGGUCUAUGCCAAUUCGAAACUUUUUUCUAUUUUAAUUUGGGUUAAACGAAUUUACUUUGG